AUGGAAAAUCUCCAUAAGAAUUUUUCAUGGAAGCAACUUAAAAAUGGCUUCGAUUAUUUAAAGAGAAAAUAUCAAUUAUGGGUGACCCUCAUCAAUAGGACUCGAAAUGGAUACAACCCGUCUACUGGUACAGUGGACUGGUCAAAUGAGCAGUGGGAAGAGUUCUUGAAGGUUUUUAGGUUUGUAGGACUCCAAUUUGCUGAUGAGUGUACAAUAUUGUUCAAUGGGGUCUGUUCAAUUGGAGAAGUUGGUUGGACUCCAAUGGCAAAUAGGUCAAGACCAUUGGCCUCUACGGGUUUAUCAAAUGCUUCACUAGGUACUGAUUUUGAUAGUGAGACACCAGAUGGUGAUCCUAUUGACAUUGAUGAUACGCCUAUCACACCUCCCGCAAGGUCCCAGCCUCAAACACAACAACCUUUUAAGGAGUCUACAGGUCAAAGUGAACACCCCUUUAAGAGGCAAAAAAAGUUCACUAGUGAGCUUAAUGCUAAGAUGGAGAAGCUUCUUGAUAUUAUGAUUGUUGAGGAUGGAGGACUAACUGUAGAAAAAUGUAUUUAG